GAAGCUUCUGUGUUUAUAUGAAUGACUUCCCAAGUUAAUUAUUACUCCUAACACCAGGAUACUUGUCAUAAACGCCAAAUUCCAAAAAUUCCACUCUUCUAGUCUGAGCGGAAGAAAAUCAUUGUCGAUGCAUCAUGUAACAUCCACGGCAACGAAAAAUCCAAGCAGUUGCUAUUAAGAUAUUGCGGGUUGGUCUUAUUACUCUUGGUGGAUAGGGGCUGAGGGAACGCGGAAAUAGGUGUGAUAUAGCUGAUAAGUCCUGCAACGUCUUUCUGCCAACUGGGGAAAGGGAAUUCAACACCCAAUGCCGGAUUCAUUGCCUAUUCUCUUCCAACCCAAAUUAAGUUACUGGGUACAAUACAAAGUCAUCAACGUAACCAUAAAAUAACCUCGCUCGAGAAAACACCUCAUAUAUUUAUAAAGAGUACACAGAGUUAAAACUAUGCAGAAACAGCAAUAUCAUCAAUCGUCCCCAAAAUCUCCUCCGUCCCUCCGCCAAACUUCUGCGCACCGGCCGCCUUCUUCCUUCCCCUUGUGCCCCCACUACCAUCCCCACCUUCAAUACUCGGCAAGACAUUCGAAUUCGACGGCCCAGCCGGCGUCACCGUAGACGAGGACGAUACCCCACUCGGAUUUCGCAAAAGUUCCUCCUUCGCUUCCUUCUCUCUCGCAUGCUCCGCUUCCAUCCUCUUCCUCUCCUCAUCCAGCUCCUUCUCAAUAACCCGCGGGUCGUCGUAAACAGUAUUUGUCAUCUCAGAAUACGUCGCGAGAUCGACAGCUUCACGGGGUCCCAAAAGGGUUUCUUUAAUUCGCUCCGGGCAUCGACGUUCUUCGUUUGAAAAUUUCAAUUUAAUCUGCCGCCGCGAGCGGCCGGGGAACAUUUUGCUUAUCAUCAUGAAAUCGGUGCCGAACAUGCGCAGGCCACGGUAGAAAAGAUCAGUCAUCUCUUCGUCCCAGGACUCAACUUUGGUGCGUUUGCCGAAGGAGGCAGCGUUUAUGCGUUUUGUAAGUGGGUUUUCUUCGACUUCUUCCAUAUCGCCUUCGUUUCUGGCUGCGUUGGCGUGGCGGUCGAUUUGGAGGGAAGCUGCGUCGACAACGAUCUCUCCGUUUACAAUCCUCAUCUGUGGACCCCCGAGAGCGGCUGCUUCCGCUCGAUCGAGGUCAUCACCCACCAUGUUUCUUUCGGCUGAUCCAGCCUUCGAUGUUUUAUGUCCAUUUCUGAUCCGCUCCUCGCGCUCUUUCUGUUUCCUUGCAAGGUCCGUCAGGUCCAUACUUUGUAAUUCAAUCUCCCGUUUUGAUUUCUUCCCGGUGCGGAGAUCUCUGCACAGAUCUGACAUUUUCACGACAGUUGGCGCAAUCUCUAUGGAUUCUGCAUUUUCCGGUGUUGGCUGGCGUUUCCUUCGAGCGCGGGGUUUCCUUUCUGUAGCGGCAGCGCCGAUGCCAUCUUCUAUCUGUUCGGCUGAUUGUCUCCGAUCUGUAGAGCAUUUGGCAACUUUCUUAGCGGAGCGUUUUGUUGCGGGCACGGCUUCACGUUGAGCCUGCUGCACCUGAGUGCUAGGUCCAGGAUGUGAGGGUUCCUCUCGUGAAGUAGAUAUAGGUAUUGUAACCGGUUGCACUAUCUUGGUGCGUUUUGCUGGUCGAUUGUCGACAGCGUGCUCUACACGCUGCCGCUUGGGACUUUCUGGAACAUUUUGAGUUAUUUGAGGAAUCUGUCGUCGAUCAAAUUGUGGUUUCGCUGCUGUGGGUAAAGUAGUUUCUGAUGAGGGUGCUCUAGGUAUGGAGGCUGGGACGGGAGUUGCGGUAGGGUGUGGAGGUUGAGAUGGAGGCUCCUGUACGGAGGGGAUAGACGGUCUCCGCCUUGGAGCAGGAAUUGGGAUAGGUGUGGAUUUGACUUUGUGUUGAGUGAUCAAUGGGAGGGGUGGGGACUGGGGUUGUGAUGGUGUUGGCGGUUCUUGUUGUUGUGGUGGUGGUGACAGUGGUGGUGGCGGCGAUUGAGAUGAUUCUUUAGAAGGUUGCGGGGUACUUUUGGCGGGGUCAUUGGGAGGACUGGGGGCAGCAACUUCAGGCGUGAUAGAGAACGGAGGAGGUUGAGGGGCUUUGGAGGUUAUCUGUCUGUCUGUACUGGCUCUAGCAGACUGAGAGCCGGCUGAAGUGGCACCUACACGGCGAACGGGAGCCUUGGGCGCAAACUUCUUCCCGGACUUAUCUACAGCACGGAUACCAUGAUGCAAGGUUAAAUCAUUAAGAUUCUAUAUACCAUAGUCAGGGAGUGUCGACCGUUGACAUUGCAUAUACAGCCGUCUAGAAUCGACGAGUACAUGGGAUGAAGUUGAUAAGAGUUGCCGAACAGGAGACCAGAGAUCCCGUGAUGAGUCUAACUCAAAGAAGCUAAGUGGUGUAAAAUGAUCACGUGAGAGGCGCUAAGUUAUCGCGCUAACCUGGAUUUAGAAAUGGCCCAAAAUCGACUCUUGUCUUUCUUCUCGUUCUGUUUCUCCCUCAUCAUCAUCUCCUUCAACAACUCUCAUUCAUGCACCUGUUCUCUCUCCCUCUGCCUCUCUCAGACUCCGCAAUAUACCUUCUCUCUCCCUAUUAUAUUCCUUGAGUUCAGGUUUCCUGCCCAUCGCUGCUACUGUCACGGGUGUUCGUUGUUGUCGUGGCUGUCAAGGCAGUGAUCGCAAAAUUGCUUGUGCCCCCUUAUGCCCUGAUGCCGGCCGUCGAAGCGUCAACGGUUCCCUUAGCCGAAUCCGGCCUUGUCGUUAAAAUGGAAGACCGGAAAAGACCUGCUGCUUACGAUCCCAACGAAUCUACCCCUCCCUUGAAGAAACAGGCAACCUCGCUGAACGGUGGUGCCAAGCCUCACCCAGACACAGAUAUGCCUUGGAAAGAUGACCUAGAACGCUUUCAAAAAGACGCCAUUUUGCGCCAGAUGCAAGAAUACAAACGCGAGAAGAGUUCGCUGGAAGCAAGAUUAAAAGAAUUAACCAAAGCAACUGAAUAUCACAACGAUCACCUUCGUAUAAUUGAUGCGUGGUUUAAGCAGCUAAUUGAUGAGGUCAAAGUCAUAGUCGAUUCAUCGGAUAAUGAAACCCAGGAUAAACAACCUUUCCCCAGCGCAUUACUUUUCGCAGAUCAUGAUAACUUUGAAAAGCACCUACAAGCGCGUUCCGAUGAUAUUAAAGCAACUAUUUCAAAGCUGUUCUCUCGUCCCGCAAAUGUCUCCGCUGAAGUCACCCACCUUCAAGGUCAACUCGCCAAAAAACUUGCGGAGGAAAAGGUCGCAAUUGCAGAGCUAGAAAAGAGCGUUACCGAAAAGCAACAAUUGGAAGAGCGACUAGAUGCCGCAUCAUUAAGGUACAUGGUGGCUGAAAAGAAAAUUGACCGUGCUCGAAGCCUGACUGUAGCGCGCCUGGAAAAGCAAUAUAUUCUUGGAGCGCAAAGACCUGGCGGAGACAAUUCGUCGGUCAAACGAGAAGAUAGCUCUUCUUCCAACGGAGUUGGAGAUUCAUCUGAUAGAGUUGCCGAACUAGAAGAGGGCCGUAAUAGAGCUGUUGCCAUAUUAGAAAAGCAAAAGGAACAACUAGAAAAACUCGAAGCGGAGAACUCGAAGCUGUUAACACAGGUCACAGAACUCAAUAUGAAGUUUUCAAAGUUAUCCGAUGAAGACUAUGCCCAUACCGACCUAUUUAAGCAAUUGAAGUCACAACACGAGGACGUCAUCAAACGAAUAAACCAUUUAGAGGCGACCAAUGUGCAGCUUCGUGAAGAAGCAGAGAAACUACAGGCCGAAAGAAAUGCAUAUCGAAUCCAAAUCGAGAAUGAAUCCCAAGUUGCGGUGGGAGAGAAAGAAGCUCAGCUCGCCAAGACAGAGUCAGAUCUAGCUCGAAUUCGAAAUGCUCGUGAUGAACUUCUUGCAGAUCAGCAAAUGAGAAAGGCGGCCCAGGAACAAGAGAGAACCUCAAUCUGCCAAACAAGGGAAUUGCUCGAUGCAAAGGAAUCUCGGAUCAGCGCUUUGGAAUCUGAAAUAGAGCGAUUACAACUCCAGAUCGAGGGAAUCAAGGAUAAAAGUUCUAGCAUCGAAGACUUGCCUUUGGAAGACUUACGGGUCAAGUACCAAACACUGGAAAAACAAUACGAAAUGUUGAACACAGAGCUGGCCUCGAUGCAAACGGCGUUCACAAAGACAUCCAAACUAGCUUCUCAAAAGCUCGCAGAUCUCAACCUUCUUGAGGAGAAGGUUCAACGCUUGACUGCAGAAAAAUCAAAGGCGGACCAAAAGUACUUUGCGGCAAUGAAGAGCAAAGAGGCCCGGGAUGCCGAACUUCGAUCUUUGCGAAUCCAAAAUAUGAAAAGCUCGGAUAUAGUCUCUCAGCUCAAAGAAGCGGAAACGACGACUCGUUCUUUGGUGUCCAACGUGGAGAAGCAACUCACCGAGACCAAAGAAACGCUUACAAACACCAUGUCCCAGUACUAUGGUGCACGGCAACAACUCGCGGAAGCAGAUAUCGUUAUCCAAGGAUUAAAUUCGCAGGUAACGGAACUGAAGAAGCAAAUUGUUACCAAGGACUCUUCCCUCUCGUCAGCCACGAGUGCCUGCCGUAAAGCUGAGACAGAAGUCGAGGGACUUAAAGCUACAUUGGCGGAUACGAAGAAGAGCCUGGAAUCAUGGAGGAAUAAGGGACUGGGCAAUUCUUCAUCAGAGUAUGAAAUGUUGAGAUCUCUCGCGUUGUGUACUGUCUGCCGAAGAAAUUUCAAAAAUACCGUUAUCAAAACAUGCGGACAUGUCUUCUGCAAGGAGUGUGUGGAAGAGCGGCUAACGUCUCGAUCGAGGAAAUGUCCCAAUUGCAAUAAAUCGUUUGGAAGCAAUGACUAUAUGCAUAUCACCCUUUAAGAGAUUUUUUUUUUAAUAUAUGGGUUUUAUUUUACUUUUUGCAUUUUCUUUGGUGAACCACGCACGCGCCUGCGCAUUGCAAUGCUGCGAUUUUCCACACCAGAACUUUUUCCGUUUCCCCAUUCAUGUACUAUAGCUUCUUCUUCACCUUCAUAUUCUUCUCUUUUCCUUUCUUUUCAUAACACUGGCUGUUUUCUAUUUAUUUUCUUUUAUUUUCUUUUUGCUUCUCCCAUCUUAUGCCAGUCAUGUUUGACCUUGGUGUCUUUGGUUUCAAGGUAAUUUCUUUUUUCUUUUAUUCAUUUCCUUUUGUUUGUUUGUUCUAUUAAUAACGGAACCAGUCCCUGUGACCUAAAUUCUCCCCCAUGUGUGUGUGUUGUGCCCUUUUUGGGAGUAAGGAUAUUAAACAUGGAUUACCAAGGCAAAGCAGAAAGGCGAAAAAAAAAUUCGGCGUGGUAGCCUAUCUUCUUCCAUUUUGAUUACAUUGCAGUUGGAACAGGCCAAUUUCCUUGUCUUUCCUUUCUUGGUUUUUUCCUUUCCUCUGCCCAUUGCUGGCAAAUGCUCACCAUGCCUUCCUUCUUUUUCUCCUUUUUGAAUUCUGAAAAUAUUUCCCACUCCCUCCCUUUUCUUCUCUUUCUUUCUUUCUUUCCUUUUUUCCCCCGAAUUUCCUGUGUUUGUCCCGCAUUGAGCAGGUGAGAUGUGAUAUGACGUGUAACAAUUUAAACCAGGACCUUAUCUAUCUUUCGCCCUCUUUUUGCCUCUCCUUCUGCCUAUUUUUCGUUCUAUUAUCAACUAAUCUACGGGUGUUGUGCCUGCAUAUUCGUUGAUUACUUCAAGUUUGGGUUUGAUACAGCUGGGAAAGGAGUCUACGGGCCUAGGUUGCUGCGGUUCUCAUUCUACCUUUUGUUUCCUCCAAGCACUUCUAGCUGGAUGAAUGGCGCAUCUAGAUACUGGUUACCGACUACAAUGGUUUAAUGAACUUUGAAAUACUCUUUUUCUUUUUGUUUUCUACAACUAGGCUUCCCAUUUUCCAACAAACUCAAUUGAUUUGUAUAUAGUUCAGUUGUGUUAGGCUUUAGUUACAAGGUUAGAGUUGAUCUUACGUCUUUAUUGUCAGGAUGAACAUCAUAACAAUGAUAUUAUACAUUAGUUCUUAGUUGCAGAACCCCGCUUCUAUGGUGGAGCAAAUAAACAAUGCAAGUUCUAAUCAUUUUCGCAAUAUAUUACCAGAAAGGGAUCCUAGCAUAUCAACAGGCUGGAAAAAUUGCAUGGCCCGAAUCAAUGAUAAACACUAA